UUUACUGCGAACCCUCAAAACAAGUGUCAGGGUGCUCUACCAGCUAUGUACAAUCAGCUGGAGUAUAUUGUGAUUACAAUUUUUGCGGCGUCUAGUCAUAAAUCCCGUGUAGGAUGUUGGUUUCAGGUGUUUUGUAAUACAAGGUAUAAUGUAUGUACCUUUCUUUACAAUAGUGGUGAAAUCCACGGAAUGUUCCACAUAGGAACAGCUGACGACAAUGCCGCACCGAAAAUAUGAACGAGAUAUGAAGGAUUACAAGGAGUAUCAUUAAAUCAAAUGUUUGCUAAUUAACAACCAGGGUAAAGACAGAGGUUAGAAGUGCCUCCAGCACCCCUGCUCUCCUCUUCCAGAGUGUGACUCGUCGGUCCCCGCGACGUCACCAAUGCGACCAUGGGAAAUAGCAGUGAAUAGGCGGCCACCGACAGCCCCCUUGAACCAGAGGAGGUUCCUAGGAGAGCCCUGCAACACACCAGUGCACCUCAGGAGAAGCCCGCCAGUGAGACGACAGUGGGGGAGUCGAGACCGACCGGUUGUACUCCCCAACGCCUUGCUCCAGGACUUCAACCACCCUCUCUUCUCCCAGCAACAUCAGCAGGUUCUUUUAGAUGAGUCCAGACAAUACAGCCACGCCAGUGCACCGCCACGCAUGCUUCACCCUGCCGCACACCCACCUCAGCAUCAACAGACCCCCAUCAUGGUGGAGCUACACGACCAGGGAUCCGUUCCCAUCUCUUACACUGUUACCACGGUGACGACGCACGGUUUCCCCAUCCACGCCGGGCAACCUCUCCCAGGGUGCAACAGUCAGCAGCUCCCAGCAUGCUCGCUCAUCCAAGCCUGUACAAUGCAGCAUUUGCCAGUGUCUUACCAAGCUUUCCCACCCCUAAUCUCCAGCGAACAUUUUAUAUUGCACCCCAACCCUCCGGGGCCGCCCCCCCACCACCAGCCUCCUCACCUUACUCGUCUCAGCCAGUUUCUCCCUCUCCAGAGGCAGCACCCACGCAUGGUGAGUACCCUCGCCUGA